AUGCACACUAUUUCCCUGCUACAGUAUGAACGCAAGAUGAACUCAUAUGGAGUAACAAUGGGACCUCCUCCGACUGUACCUCCUAUCAAUCGUAAAAGUAUUCGUUUGUCGAACUCACAAGAUAUGGCGAAUGAAUUCUCAGAGGACAGUAUACAAUCACUGCUAACAAAAGCGAUAGCUGUAUUAGCUGCUCAUCUUGGCUUUGUUAUCGGUACGAAAUUUCGUUUAGAAAUGGAAUCAUCUGUGUUGAGCCUCUUAUCACGUAUUGUUGCCAUCAGAAUGAAGCGGAUGUGUAAUAACUUGAAACUUUCACAACGGCGACGAGUUGAGUGCAGAGAGACUGCAUUUCCUUCAGCACUGAUGCACGCAUUACGCUUGGAGAACAUCAGCAAUGUUACGGAACUCCAUGAUUUCUACCGAGAUCGCAUUAUAUUAUACCAUGAGCAAACAUUACUUUCUUGUGUCAAAAAAUACGAAAAAGCAACUACUAGAUUUGACCAUUCUCAAAAAAAUGAUCAUUCUGCUUGUGUAUGA